UUUGAAUAAAAAGUCCUCAUAUGUUAAAUUUUCACAUGUCGAUCCAAGCUCUACAUAUAUAUAUUUACUCAUCAUUCCAAAAGCUUCCAAAGAAACAAAGAGUAACAAUGAAACGAAACAGUAUAAAUAUUCAUCACGUUACUUCUUUUUCUUCGAGUCCGUUUUGGUGUGUUUUCUUUCUCGUGUUGUUAUGUAAGACGUCCACCAACGCUUUGGUGAAGCAGCCGCCAAACGAAACGACUCCGGCGAUAAUUGUGUUCGGAGAUUCAAUCGUUGAUGCCGGAAAUAAUGACGACAUUAUGACAACGUUGGCUAGAUGCAAUUAUCCUCCUUACGGCAUCGAUUUUGACGGUGGAAUUCCUACCGGAAGAUUUUGCAACGGCAAAGUUGCGACUGAUUUUAUAGCGGGAAAAUUCGGAAUUAAACCAAGUAUACCGGCAUAUCGAAAUCCAAAUUUGAAACCAGAAGAUCUCUUAACCGGUGUAACAUUUGCGUCUGGUGGUGCUGGUUACGUUCCCUUCACAACCCAAUUAUCGGGAGGAAUAGCUUUAUCGCAGCAACUGAAGUUAUUCGAAGAGUAUGUAGAGAAGAUGAAGAAAAUGGUUGGGGAAGAAAGGACAAAGCUCAUAAUUAAAAACAGUUUGUUCAUGGUUAUAUGUGGCAGUAAUGAUAUAACCAACACCUACUUUGGUCUUCCUUCUGUUCAACAACAAUACGACGUCGCUUCCUUUACCACUCUUAUGGCCGACAAUGCUCGAUCUUUUGCUCAAAAAUUACAUGAAUAUGGAGCGAGGAGAAUACAAGUAUUCGGUGCACCACCAGUAGGAUGUGUCCCAUCACAGAGAACCUUAGCAGGAGGGCCAACAAGAAAUUGUGUUGUUAGGUUCAAUGAUGCAACAAAGCUCUACAAUGUUAAGCUCGCUGCAAAUUUGGGUUCUUUGUCAAGAACUUUAGGAGACAAGACAAUAAUCUACGUUGACAUAUAUGAUUCUCUCCUUGAUAUCAUUCUUGACCCUCGACAAUAUGGAUUUAAGGUGGUUGAUAAAGGAUGUUGUGGAACUGGACUAAUUGAAGUUGCUCUUUUAUGCAACAACUUUGCAGCUGAUGUAUGUCCAAAUAGAGAUGAAUAUGUGUUUUGGGAUAGUUUCCAUCCGACUGAGAAGACUUACAGAAUUAUGGCCACAAAAUAUUUUGAGAGAUAUGUAUGAUCUCGACAAUCGUGUAAGUCAUAGCUUGAUUUAUCGUGUCUUUUGAUGUUUAUUAUCUUAUUAGACGUGACCUCGAAAUGUUUUUCCAAAAGAAUAUGAUUUAUGUAUUUUGAGACAAUUUCCAUUCGACUGAGAGAAGCCUUAAAAACUAUAGUCGUAAAAAAAAGUUUGAAAAAUGUCUACAAAAUUUAAUAAUAUG